UGUUCACCUCAGAGAAGGAGGCCAAUUUAUUCAUUGGACGGCAUCUUCUGAACAACAGGCUUGAUUUUGAAGCAUUCACAGCGGAUAACCUGGAAAGAGAAUGCUUCGAAGAGCUGUGUAAUUAUGAAGAAGCGAGAGAAUUUUUUGAAGACCCGGAAAAAACGAUGGAAUUUUGGAAAGACUAUUCAACUAAAGGCCCUAAAAUAAAAAUAGGUGAUGAGACGCUACAGAAGAUUAACGUUACGGGACUUCUCAUCAGCCUAGUUGCUGCUGGAGUACUGUUAGUUAUACUCAUACUGCUUAUCUUCUACUGCUGCAAAAGUAGAUGCAAAUCAAGGCAACCACCAGGGCACGUGGAUUAUGUAAGAAGUAGAAGACGUAGUUCAUCUAGCAUCUUCAGGAGGCAUGAAGAGUUUCCAUUAAACCCACUUCCUCUCAGAACUGAUGAUUCAGGACUACCAACUUAUGAGCAAGCAGUUACUUCAGAUGGACAACACAAUGUGCCACCACCCCCUUACCCAGGGCCCCCAAAAGGGAUAUGGGUGUUUAAAAAGUCAAUGUCCCUUCCUGCCCCUUAG